CACAUGUCCCCUCCCAGAGAAGCAAGUGCCUCUGGACAGCACUCUAGACAGAAGUCAGAUUGUGAGAAGUGUCAGAACUUCUUCCUUGACCACUGUGCUGUUCAUGGGCCCCCUAUAUUUGUAAAGGACACUGCAGUGGACGUGGGGCAUCCCAACCGCGCAGCCCUGACCCUGCCCCCUGGGCUGAGUAUUACACAAUUGGGCAUCCCUCGGGCUGGGCUUGGAGAAUGGAAUAAGGCAUCUGAGUUGCAACUGGGGCUGAACUUUGGCCCUUAUGAGGGCCAGAUCACUGAAGAUGAAGGGGCACCCAGAAGUGGAUACGCCUGGCAGAUCACCAAGGGAAGAAACUGCUAUGAGAUUGCAGAUGGGAAGGAUCAAUCUCGGGGCAACUGGAUGAGAUGCAAAGCCGUAGAAUCAUCCAUGUCCAUCAUGCUCUCUGGCCUUCUCCAGUCAGAAGUCCCUCAGUCAACAUGUAGAAGGCACCCACUCCUCUCAGAUCUCCCCAGGAACAUCUGGAAGAAAGCACCGUGGACCAGAGAAUCCCUGCCCUGGCUAUCAGAGUCAGGAGCAACAACUUUCUGAUCCACCCGGCCGGAAUGACA